UUCUAUAUCCUAUUAAAUAUUUUAAAUUUUCAUUUUAUAAUAAUUUUCAGAGUCGCUAUUACGAUAGUACUUUCUACGGGAGCCAUUAAUUUUCGCGAAGUCAACAAUGUUCGUGAAGAUUUCAGUGCGAUCAAUGCACCAUCACGCUAUGAAUAUGCCGUAACACAGGACUUUUUCAAAAAUUUUGGCAGUCCAUUUCACCUUGUUGUCGUAUUUGAAGCAAUGGAUGGAGGAUCUCUUUUACGACCUGGCUAUUUGGAAAAAGCAAUCGAAAUUGAGGAAUACUUGCAGACAAAAUUAAAUAUUUCUCAAGAAGGCCAAACUUAUUCCUAUUCGGAUUUUUGCCAGCCAUAUUGCGAGACAAGUGACGUUGUAAAUAUAUUCUUGAAUAUGUAUAGGGCUGUAGAAAUAAGAAAAAAGACAAAGGUCAAAUUAACUUACCCGACAAUGGAUUUAUUUGGUCAUCGAAUUUAUCUGGCAAAUAAUAUAUUCAAAGUUGAUUUAUAUGAACGGUCACAACUGAUUAAAGGAUGUGGAAUAAUUGCAAUAAAUUUUCAUGCAAUUAUAUCUAAUGAUUCUCAGGCAGAAAUUAUCAACAAAUGGGAACAUGAAGUGUUAAAAUUCGCGAGUUCAACCAAAAAUAACAAUUUGAUAAGAGUUUAUGCGACAUCAGAAGCUUUAGUUAGUGAAGAAAUCCGCAAAACCGGUAUUCAAGCUAUUCCUCUCAUAUCAAUUUCACUGAUUGCUGUUUUAAUCUUCACUAUUUUAACAUCACUUAAAUGCGAUCCAAUAACCAGUAAACCAUUCGAAGCACUGCUCGGUGUAUUUUGUCCAUUAAUUUCUAUGUUUGCUUCAUUUGGAGCAUUAUUUUGGCUUGACUAUCCAUUUUUGCCAAUAGUUUGUGUUGUGCCAUUUCUUAUUCUGGCUAUCGGUGUUGAUGAUGUCUUCAUUUUUCUUCAUUGUUAUCAUCGAUCAAAUCGUAAACUUUGCGUUGAGGAGCGAAUUGCGAAUAUGUUGGCUGAAGCUGGCCCAUCAAUAACAAUAACAUCACUUACGAAUUUCCUCUCAUUCUCAAUUAGUGCUUUGACUCCAACUCCUGCUAUUAAGAUAUUCAGCAUUUUCAUAAGUGUUGCAGUUGUUUUUGACUAUAUUUAUCAAAUAUUUUUUUAUUCUGCUGUGUUAACGCUUGGAGGAAGACGCGAGGAGAAAAAACUUAAUGCUUGGAUACUUUGCUCAAAUAUUCCUAUUAAGCGAGAGGUGUUCUAUGGUAAAAAAGUUCGAAUAUGGCUGAGUAAAACGAUGCGAGAUUUUGUCCAUACAUGGGUGAAUUUUUCUAUGAGCGUGGCUGCUAGGAUCAUUAUAAGUAUUAUACUUGUUAUUUACUGGAUAAUAUCUGCAUAUGGUUUAUUUCAAAUCAAGGUUGGAUUAUCGUCCGAAAAAUUAUUCAUGGAUGAUUCAGAAAUCUUGCCGUUUGUAAAAAUCCAGAGUACCAUAAUAUUCAAAGAAGGUGGACAAGUCCUCGUGUUCGUUAAUAAACCAGGCGACCUCACAGAAAAAGAGGCUGUGCCAAAAAUUAUGCAGUUGCUUAAUAGGUUUGAGAAGGCUUCAGGCAGCGUUGGACCAAUUAGCACUCACAUGUGGCUUUUUUCAUAUUUACCAUACACUGGGAUUCAGAACAAAGGCAGUAUCGAAUUCAAGUAUAAAUAUCUUCCGGAAUUUCUAUCCUUUAGAGAGUAUCACCGAUGGAAUUAUUUCUUAAGCCUAGGCUCAACGGAAGAUUGCUUGCAAGAAAAACCGUCAUGUGUCCAAAAAUUUUUUUUUACUACGGGUUUCAAAGGCGCUGUGGCUUGGUCAGAUAGGCUGAAGCUUUUAAUAGAAUGGCGGGCAAUCGCUUCUGAAUAUAAACAUCUGAAUGUAACAGUAUAUGAGCCAUUCAGCAUGUAUGCUGAUCAGUUGCUUACAAUUGUUCCUGUCACAAAAUCUACUGUCACUUUUGCAUUUAUUUGCAUGGCGAUUGUUCUUACAAUAUUCACUCCUUGUAUAACGACAAUUAUCACCUCAACUUUAUCAAUAUUAUCGAUAAAUCUCGGCGUAAUAGGCUCAUUGACAUAUUGGAAUGUUGAUCUUGACCCGAUUUCAAUGGCCACUACAUUAAUGUCAAUUGGAUUCUCAGUGGAUUUCAUCGCUCAUAUAACAUUCCACUAUUAUAAGGGAGAGCAACCUGACAAAAAAGAAAGGCUUAGGCACGCUUUCAAUUCGAUAGCAUGGCCAAUGAUGCAAGCUGGUGUAUCAACGAUACUUAGCUUGUGCGUCUUGGCAAUUAUUCAAGCAUAUAUGGUGAAAGUUUUUGUAAAAGUUGUUGUACUUGUUGUGAUGCUUGGUCUAUUUCACGGUCUUAUUGUUUUACCUAUUGUAUUUGGUGCUUUACCUAUCAAUAAAAAAAACUCACUUCUUUCUUCAUCUAAUUCUCAAAAGGUUUUCAUUUCAUCUCCAUUUUUAUGCGUUCAUGUUAUACGGGUUGAUAUGCAAAUACCACUGAAGAUGGAUUUAAAAGUUACGGGUCGGCGCACAAACGUUCAACCAGAUAAUCAUGGUGAUAUCUUAAUUUCUGUUAAUUUUAUAUUUUAUAUCGUAAUAAAUGUAUGUGUUGAAUUUUUUUACAUCAGAAAUUCGAAUGUUUAA